UUACAACAAUUUUACAUUACAUUGUCUAUUCUUGUAGAAUAAUGAUUUAAAAGGUGUAGGAAUUUUCAAAAUAUGUGACCUCCCAAAAGUUCUUAGUCUUUAUUGCCAUAUAAACUGCUAAAUAGGUUAUACUUACAAAUGAAAUUUUAUUACUGUCUUCUGAACUUAAAAAAAAAAAUAUGCGUCUAUUUGUACUGAAAAAUAAAAAAAAACACAUUAACUAAGCGUAUGGAGUGAAUAAUUUGUACUGUUAAUUUAUGCAUGCAUAAUACUGCUUUUUGUGGUUGUAAAGGAGAAAUCUGGCAAAGCUGAGUGGGUCAUUCAUGUCUGUCUACUGGUAAAAAUUGAGGCAAAGUCUUCGCUCAAGACAACAAAAAAAGACCGAUGAAAAAUGUUUAGAAAUUAUCUAUGUGUUUUUUCCAAAAUGGCUUGAGUGCCAUGUGUUUUUCUCUAUCAGUUUUAGUUCUUUGUCAGAACAUUUUCAUUGGCAACUAACUGGAAUAAAACAAAGUUAAAAAUUUAGCCUCUAAUGGAGUGUCCACAUUUGGAGGACAGUGCUAGAAUCAUAUUAGAUGCUCCAACAUUCAGUAAAGACAGUAUAGGAAACCCCACUGUAUUUAAAUGCACAGCUUGCCACACAGAGGAAAGUCCAUGGAUUUGUUUGACUUGUGGAGAAAUAAACUGUGGGAGGUAUAUCAAAGGUCAUGCCAAAGAACACCAUGAAAGCUUCACAGAACUGCAUGCAGUGUGUAUGGAUUGUCAUAACUUGAUGGCUUUUUGUUAUAAAUGUGAUGAUUUUGUAAUAAACGAUACAAACUUUGGCCAUCUGGAAAAACUUAGAAAGCUAUAUGAAUCUUUAACACAAAUCCCAGAAACCCCAAAACAAGAAAGUUGCAGUAGUCAAGUUCCAUCAAAUAAAAAAAUUCAUAGACGUGAUUCAACUGAUUCUUUAGAAAAUGAAAGAAAUCACAAGAAACGACAUAGGGAUAAUCAUUAUAAGCAGCGUCGUCCUAGAACAUCUGGACUGCGUAAUUUAGGGAAUACUUGUUUUAUGAAUGCAGUUCUUCAGUCUUUAAGUAACAUUCAGGAGUUUUGUGGCUACAUAAAGCAGCUCCCAUCAUUAGAAGACAAAAUACUUAAAGCCAAAAAAAUUCAAAUUUCCAAAAAAACAAGAGAUUCUGGCGAGGAUGUUCUGCUGGUUGAAGAACUUAGAAAAACACUGGUAGCGCUGUGGCAAGGAACUAAAGGAGCUAUCUCUCCUGAAUCUCUUUUCUCUGUUAUUUGGAAAGUGGUGCCACGAUUCAGAGGUUACCAGCAACAAGAUGCUCAUGAAUUUAUGCGCUACUUGCUGGACAGACUUCACAUUGAACUUUUGGAACUGUUGCCAUAUCCAAAUAACAAUUCUCCAUAUAUUGGACCAAAAGGAAAAAGCACAAUUGUUACUGCUAUAUUUGGUGGUCUACUUCAGAGUGAGGUGAAUUGUCUUAUAUGUGGGAUGGAGUCCAAAAAGCAUGACCCUUUCCUUGAUCUUUCACUUGAUAUUCCUGCUCAGUUUUCCAGCCGGCUAACCAAGCCUAAAGAUGGUGAACCAAUUUGCACAUUAUCUGACUGUCUUUCUAGUUUUACUGAUGUGGAAGAGUUAGAAGAUUCUGAACUCUACAUGUGUAACAACUGCAAACAAAAACAGCGUUCUACAAAAAAAUUUUGGAUAAGAAGACUGCCAAAUGUUCUUUGUUUACAUUUGAAACGUUUUCGCUGGAGCAUGUUUUGUCGUUUAAAAGUAGAAACUUUUGUUGAAUUCCCCAUUCAAGCUUUAGAUAUGAACACUUAUGUACUUAACAAUUUGCAUGAAACGAGAGGAAGUUUUUCAGGAAGUAACUUGUAUGAUCUGGCUGCUGUUAUAGUUCAUCAUGGAUCAGGGGCGGGAUCAGGUCAUUAUACAGCUUAUGCUACUCAUGAAGGUCAGUGGUACCAUUUCAAUGACAGCACUGUUACAGCCUGCGAUGUGGACACUGUCAUGAGGUGCAAAGCCUAUAUUUUAUUUUAUGUGCGCAGAGAAAUUAGGCUUCCUGACAGUCUCUGUGCCAGAACACACAGCAGUUUAAAUAGACAUAACAAUCAUUUGUCAGGGUCCAAUUCAGAAGUCAAUGACAAUCAUAGAAUGAACAAAUUGUUACCCAAUGCCAAGCCCAAGUGAAGUGACUAUGUCUUUUACAACUACAAAAUACUUUGGUUGUGCAAAGUGAUUUCAAAAAAUACACUGGCGUAUCUGGAUGUAGGACUUGAUUGCUGUUGACAUUUUUUUCCCUGAAUGUUAGAUGUUUUUGUAUUUUGUGCAAAACAGAAUGAUCCCAUAUAUUUAUUAAGUCUUUUUUUUUUUUUUUUUUUUUUUUUUUUUGUUAUUUCUUUCUAUCCUUUUCCUAUUUUUUUCCAGUCUAAAACAAACUUAUGGAAAGUAUUGCAAAAAAUUGUUGGUAGAUUGUGAAUCUUGUCAUUCCUUUCAAUCACUGGUUGACUGAAUCAAUGCUCUCACGAACAUUCGUCCAUAACCUUGAGAAACUAUUUAUGAAGACUGAUCAAAAGAAAAUGGAUGGGAUGAAACUUUAAUGUAAUGGUUUGAUUAGUCUAGACAUUUUGAAAAGUCAAGUUGAAAAUGUGAGCAUGUUUUGACAUUUAAGUUUCUCUUAGCUUGCACAUUUUCAUCAUACAUUUUUUUUCCUCUCUUUACAUUAAAUGAAGCAAAAAAAGAAAACUCUGUAAAACUUUGAAUACUUGCAGCUGUUCCUUUUUAAAUUUGGGUAUAAUUUUUUUGCUACAUUAAAGCUUUGUGUUUGAUUUAAAUUACAAAAUUAAAAAUUCAUUCAUGUCAGUGCAUUUCUGUCAAAUGUUGUUAUGCUCAUUAUUUGUAAUGGUGCUAGCUUUGUCAGAUAUAAUUCCUUGAAAAUGUUUUCAGGAUAGUAGUUUUUUUUUUUUUUAAGCAAUUUUUUUUUUAAUGAAAAACAAAUGCCACUUCAAAGCAAAACAUUACACAGAUUUGUUUAGGUUUUUAUUAAUAUUUGCUUCUAAAGUUGUCUAUAAAUUAGUUAUCAAGAUCUCAAAUUUUUUGUUCUUUUAUCAUCACCACCACUCCUUAAUUGUAUUCUGUUUACUUUGAAGAGUCAUACUCAAAAGGUGUAAUUAUAGACUAUUAUUUAGUCAUAAAUUCAUCUUGUUUUUUUUAAUGAGGCAAUCGAAACCAUAAGUCAGGCAUUUCUUUCUCUAGAUUUAUUUUUAGAUUACUUGAGUCGGAUGUAGUUUAUUUUCUCAAGAGGGCUCUCUUUUGUAAUAAAUGAGGCAUUUGUUCAAGAAAGUUUUAAGAUCAAUACACAUUCACAUGUUCAUUUUCUUGUAGUUCAUGUUAAAUACUUUCAACUUUACUUAGCCCUUCAUUUCCCAGGCUGAUUCAGGCAACCUGUUCUAGCAUUGCUUUUAGAUACACAAUAAACAAAUUAACCUCCUAGAAUUCAGUUACUUUGAGAAUGUAAAUAUGAAAAUUGUUUUUGUAUAGAAACUAGAAGCAGUGGAUCAAAUUAUCAUUUUAAUUUAAUGCUUAACAUAUACUAUGAAUGGUAUGAAAAUAACAGAAUCUAGUAACAUUAAGUAAAAUGUAGAACUUACAAAGUGCAGCAACAUUUUUUUGUCCAAAUUGUGUGGAAUACCUUGCAGAUAGGAUAGGGGAGAUAACACUAAAUCUUAAAAGUGACUAUUCCUGUACAUAUCACUUAUAUGUAAAAUGAACUGUCUAAAAAUUUGUGACUUCUGUAAAAUCUUUAACACUGUGAAUUUUAAACUAGACUAGAUCUAUUAAGUUAAAAUGGUUUCUUACAGAUAAAUCCAGAUAUAUAUUCAUGUCAUUCCACCUUUUAUUUUCUGUUACUUCCCUUGUACCCAUUUCACGACAGUCAAAAGAACAAAAUGUAACAUUGUAAAUUUUUUGUAUUACAUUGUCUGCUUCUUGAAUUAUUCCACCACCAUCAGUGUUCAGCAUUUGGUAUGUGUGGUGUACACAAGCCUGUUCAAUAACAACAGAUGAAAGGUGUGCAAAUGUUGAGUUCUAUCACACAACAGAUGUAUGGUAUUCUGUGACUUGUACAUAUGUUGAGUUGGAUCAUGGAUUGAAUUACUUGUUGUCAUUGCCUGUGUUGUUGUUAACUUUUUUUUUCUGCAAUUUGAAAAGUGCUUAUGAUAUUAAAAAAAAAAAAGUAGGGAAUUUAAAAAAAAAUAACACUAA